AAAAUUAUGAAUUAUGAAAAAGUGUGUAUAAUUUGGCAUUAAAACCCCAUCAGCGAGUGUCUUGUUCGAUUUGGUCUAGCAUAAGAAAAUCAUAGCCUUUUCUUAUCUCUGUGGAAAGAAUGAGAAGCUCUGAUUCCACCAAAGCUCUAGUUUCAUUCUCAACCUUCUUUUUUCUUCUAUCCUAUCUUUGUAUUCCUAGUUGUGUAGCAGUAGCAUUCUCGUUGCAUGAAAAUUCUUCUCCCGUAACAAACUAUUCCAACAGACAAACCCUCGAGUUCGAUUUAGGUGGCCACCGCAGAAGAGGCAGCGGACACAGAAGCCACCAAAAGCACAAAACCCCACCAGCAGCACCACCACCACCACCGGUACCACCACCACAAGUACCACUACGGCCGCCACAAGCACCUCCUCCUACAAAAUUGCCAGACAACCAACUUGUAUUUGCAGACCAAAGGCUCAAAAUAGUCUACCCAAUUAUCCAAAACUUCAAGUCCCUUAUCACCUCAGAUCCACUAAACAUCACAAAAACGUGGGUGGGAUCCAACAUAUGCAGUUACAAAGGCUUCUACUGUGACAGCCCUCCAAACAACAGCUCCGCCAUUGCCCUCGCCUCGAUCGACUUCAACGGAUUCCAACUAGGGGCCCCUUCUCUCGACGGAUUUCUCGACCAGCUCCCGGACAUUGCCCUCUUCCAUGCAAACUCCAACAAUUUUUCCGGCACUGUCUCCCCCGCCAUUGCCAACCUCCCCUACCUCUACGAACUCGACAUAAGCAACAACCAAUUCUCCGGGGCGUUUCCCUCCGCCGUUCUCGGCAUGAACACCCUAGGUUUCUUGGACAUAAGGUUCAAUUUCUUCACUGGGGCAGUCCCACCGGAGAUUUUCACUCAAGAACUUGACGCCCUAUUCCUAAACAACAACAAUUUCAUGCAGAAUCUUCCCGACAAUCUCGGCAGCUCUCAUAUUCUCCUCCUCACCUUAGCAAACAACAAAUUCACGGGCUCGAUUCCAUCGGGCAUUUCAAAAGCUUUCGCUGCUCUGACUGAGGUUCUGCUACUGAACAACCAGCUCACAGGAUGCUUGCCUUACGAAAUAGGGUUGCUAAAACAGGCCUUAGUUUUAGAUGUCGGAAACAACCAGUUAACCGGGCCGUUACCGUUUUCACUGGCGUGCCUCGAAAACGUGGAGCAGCUGAAUUUUGCGGGUAACUUGUUGCAUGGCAUGGUACCUGAGGUGGUGUGUCAUGAGCUGCAAAGCUUGGAGAACUUUUCGCUGUCCGAUAAUUACUUCACAAAUGUUGGUCCGAUUUGUAGAAGCUUGAUCGGGAAAGGAGUGCUCGAUGUUACGAACAACUGCGUUCCCGAUCUUCCGUUUCAGAGACCGGUGGAGGAAUGUGCGGAUUUCUUUGCGCACCCAAGGUUUUGUCCCUUCAUGUGGACUUAUACUUACAUUCCAUGUAAGCCUCCUGGUUUUGGUUCUUUGUUUCCUCCAUUGCCUCCUCCACCGUGACGUAGUAAAUUUGUUCAUCUUCUCCAAGGCUUGUGGGUGUAAAAAUUUCAAUGUAAACAUGGUGAUUCAUUCUUUUCACUUAUUUCAGUGUAACAUAAUGCAUGGUACAUUUAAUAUGAGAAUUAUUGAGAUGUUUCCUUGAUGAUUUUGUAAUUAUAAGAAAUCAGUGAUUCGGGCUUUUAGCUUA